UGCCCGCCCCCUCCGGGCUCCGGGGGGCUGGGAAGAUGAAAUCGGGCCACGUCCGGGGGAGAGGAAGGGGCUGAGGCUGCGAGCGAGGCAGGGAGCCAGGCAGGCGGCGAAGGGAAGCUGGGCAGGAGGGCAGCGGGGCCGCGCGGCCGGAGGAGGCUCGCUCCUGCAUCCCGCGCCCAGAUGCCCCCCGCGCGGGCAGCGGCGGCCGCGGGCACGGCCACGGGCACCAUGAGGAGCGGGCGGCGGCAGCCCGCCCCGGGGACGGCCGCCCGCCGCUGGGCACUGCUCUGCCUCUGCGCCCUGCUCCCCGGGGGCCACGGCACCUCUUGGAGCUUCGGGGGAGCCGCCCAGCUCUCGCGCCGCAGAAACUGGUGCUCCUACAUAGUGACCCGGACUGUUUCCUGCCACGUCCAGAACGGCACCUACCUACAGAGAGUCCUGCAGAGCUGCCGGUGGCCCAUGAGCUGCCCUGGGAACAGCUACAGAACGGUGGCGAGACCCACGUACAAGGUGGUGUAUAAGACGGUGACCUCUGUGGAGUGGAAGUGCUGUCCGGGUCAUUCGGGGACCAACUGCGAAGAAGAUGGCCUCAGUUCCCUGGAGCCCGCAUGGCACGGCCCCUCCUUGCGCCGAAUGGCCCUUCAGCCCACGGUCUCUUCAGGUUGUUUAAACUGCAGCAAGGUGGCCGAGCUGGCCGAGCGGCUGAAGGUGCUGGAGGACAAGGUGUCGGUGCUGGCAGUACCUGAGCAGGCGGCAUCGCUGCCCCUUGGCGCUCCACGGGAGGCCAAAGGGGGUGGCGGGGAGCCGGCUCUGCUGUGGGGGCUGCCAGCUGCCCAGGGGAGCCCCGGAGACGAAGAAGCCAGAGGGCCUCCUGGAGCUGGAGAGCGACGCAGGGGAACCGUGCUCACCCGGGAUGGCCGAGGAGGGGUUCCCGGGCCCCCGGGGCCUUCUGGCCCCAAAGGAGACACCGGAAGCCGGGGUCCAUCCGGAGUGCCUGGGCUGAAGGGCCCCGCUGGGCCACCAGGGCCCCAAGGGCCACCCGGCAGCCCAGGUCGGGAUGGAGCCAAGGGAGAGAGGGGCCCCCCAGGACCUCCUGGACCCCCAGCGCCAAGUGGACCCUCCACAGCCCAGAUCUCUGAACAGGGAGAUCCACUGCUCUCCAACACCUUCACCGAAACCGGGGGCCUUGGGAUGCAGGGGCCUGUCGGCCCACCGGGCCCCACGGGCCCCAUGGGUCCCCCAGGCCCCCCAGGCCCAGUGGGUAGCCCAGGCUCGCCUGGCCACAAGGGUGCACCGGGCCCAGCUGGAGCUGAUGGAACCAACGGCCUCCCGGGGGAGAAGGGUGAGCGAGGUUCCCAGGGGGAGCCGGGCCCCAGAGGCCUAGCAGGAGAGCGGGGUGAGCCGGGCCCCAAAGGUGACCCCGGAGAGAAGGGCCACUGGAACCAGACCUUGGCUCGGGGGCAGGGCCCCCCAUCGCUGGAGCCGCCGGCUUUCCUCGAGGCAAACGGGCGGGAGGAGCGGCCGCCUACCGCAUCGUCUCCCGCCUCCUGGCCCAGGGGGGCGAGGACCGCAAGGACUGAGCCCGCUCUGCUCGGGCGGGACCCCUCCCCCCACGGACUUCUUCCAGGCGCUUCUCCCGGCCUGGGCCCCGGGACGCGCUACCUAUUUAUUGGAGGGAGGGCGGGCGUCGCCGGGCGCGGGAGCCCGGGCAGCCCCUGCGAGACUCUCCGGCCCUCAGGGGGGGAGGCCGGGUCCUGGAGGGGGCUCCCAGCUGGGGCCAAGACUUCUCCCGCCCCCGUCCCCCCGGUCCCAGCCCUGUGGCCCCGGUUCCACGCGUAGACAGGGGCUGGACUCAGGAGCUUUCCGGAGCGGAUUUACGGCGCGGGCCCUCACUGCAUCCAGCCUCCUUCCCUCCCUCCAGCUUCACAUAAGCUGAGGCCCAGAAGUCAGGCUGGGGGAGGACGCGGGAUCAUGGGCCUGGAGCUUGCAGGAGCCUCUGCUUCCCGGCUCCAACCCUCCUGCAGAAGAGGGAGGGGCCACGUGCCCAAAGUCCCCCGGCCAGCUCGGGGCCCCUCCCAGGGCACCCGCCCGUGGCCAUCCUGGGCCUCUCCUGGCCCCCACACGGUGCCGACCUCCCCCUCACCCCCCACAGGGUACUUGUGGUGCUAUAUUUCCCCAAACUGGUCCUCGGGCAGGAGGGCCGUGGGUCCCAGCGGGUGGGGGGCCGGCGAGCCCCAGACCGAGCUCCUCACGUCCGGUCCCUGGGCCGCAGGGGGAGGCGGGGCUGGCGGAAGAAGCUCACAGGCUGGGGGAUUGGCAAUAAAGGUCCCUCCCACUCCA